UGGAAAAGAUUUUGCGAAAAUUAUAUUUUUGUGUAAUAACCGGACGCUGGUGAUCGAGGUUUGUCCACCGGACACAGGAUACCCGCAGAGCCUUGUGGGUUUGACAUGUUGGGUAAGGGAAUUCAAGAACAAAGCAAACAAGGAUGUUCUUGGUUUUUGAAGGACACCAACAUUACUUGACGUAAGCCGAGAAAAACCCUUAAUUAAAUGCUGCACUGAGUGAGUCCAGCCUGGCUGUGCUUUUCAUGCGACCUUUGUAUCGAAAACUUCAAGACAACACUGCUAACACACAGCGAACUUCAAAUGGAAAGAAAUUUAGAAAUACGCCGUCCAGUUCACCAGGACCAUCAUGGUUUAUCCACCGUCUCCAAGAUAUUCUUUGGAGUUGAUAUUUUCCAAGUGGUAAUCGUCGUAACAUUUCAGAGUGUCAUGAUAACAUAUGGAAAUUAUAAUGCAUUUAACAGCCCAGAGAACCCUGGAAUGGGACCAGGACGCAGGAUCUACAUGUGCGUGUACAUGGGUGUCGUUGUUUACACCUGCUUCCUAUGCCUCUUUGCUGUCAAGCAACAAAAUAUACUAGAAAUUUUUGCCUUUUUGCUUCAAAAUUUUGGAUUUGUAACCUAUGGAUUAAUUCAAGUAUAUCAUGUUGGGUAUAAGGAACUGCCUAUUCCAGGAAGCAACGCAACAAUGCAACACAAUAAUGUAUUGCGUAAUGUAGCAAUGACAAACUCUAUUGCACUUUUCUUUUUGAAUGGAGUUUUUAUUUUUUUAUCAUGGAAGUUAUACACUGAAUUUGGAUGGAAGAUUUAUAAAAGAGUUAGAUUUAACAUGUCACUAAGAUCAAUUUAUCAUUUUUAUCAACUUCUUUCUUGUCUACUCAAAAUGGAAAUCAUGUAUUGGUGGAUGUAUGCCAUUUGUAACAGUUUUGUACUUCUCCGUGAUACUGGUACAGUGAUGUAUUAUGUCAACCUGGUGUUUAUUCCAUUGUCUGUCUUCUAUGCUGGCUUGGGAUACAUUGCAACUCAGCGAGAAAUUAAGAUUCUUAUGAGUUUAUUUAUUAUAUGGACAAUAGGCGGAGCAGGCUACUUUCUUUAUAAAUUAUAUGGAUUCGUAAGUGAUACUUGUAAUGGCUGUCAAGAAUUUCACAAGACAGGAAAAGAUAUACAUGAUGAAGCUAUGCUACACUUUGUCUACCUUGGUUCUCUGAACCUUAUUUUGUUGUUAGCCAUACUGGGCGUGUCAUCCAAGGUGUUUGCUAAUUUUGGUAAAGGGCUUGAGGAACACUUUAAACCCCAACAAGAAGGAAGACCACGUUCAGAGACCGACCUUUAUCUUCGUCGAGUCAGCCAUUACAUAGAAGAAAGUGUCGUGUCUGUAACGUCCUAUGAGAGUGAAUACGAUGAACUGAAUGAAAGCAUGAGAUUAGGUUAUCAUGAAGGCAUGUCAACAUCUGCAGCUUUUCUUCUCGAAUCUGAURAACACUCUUUAGCAUCUAGUAUGCCAAACUUAGCCGAGGCAAGCAGUACUAAGGCAAAAACACUACYUCUUGAGAAAGGUAAAACCUGUACGGAAAAUACCUUAAGAACGUUUGAAAAAAACGUCUUGCCACGAAAAGGUAAACUACUUGCUGCAAUAGACGAAGACGUCGACUUCCAGGCAAAUAACACAAACGGUUUGCACAAACCUGGUAAUUCCAGUAUAAUAGAAGUAAAAAGAAAGGAUCCAAAUGGAAUAUUGAACACUAAAGGGGAUAGGUGUAAACCAAGUGCAGAUGAAGGAUCAGAUGAGAAAAAUGAGAAACUUCGAAUAUCCAGUAAUAAUGAUAAUGCGCUUGACAACGGUAAGGUAUUUAAUGAUUUGCAUGAUGCCGAGCGAGACUCUGGAUGUGUUGAUUGCAAUGGCUACGACCUGAAAUCAACCAUUUUAAAAACUAGGAAAUGUGCUAUAACGAGUGAUGAAAGAGACGUUGAAGUCAUAUCGACAAACAAAGUAGAUGGGGUAAGGGACGAUAGAGAACAAGAUAAACAUAAUGGUAGUAUAAAGAGAAAGAUUAGUACACUCAAUAUCAAAGAUUAGCGGAUAAAAUCUAUCGCGUGGGCGCAUAUAUUUACGACAUGACGGGAAUCUAUUCACUGAAAGGAAGAAAGAGAUGGGACCACCUUGAAAUGUUGCUAUGAUACCGUUAUCUAAUCAAAUGAUUGGGUUAUAUAUCUUUUACUCUUGUCUUCAAUCAUAUGGUCCAUGUAGAGUUAAUAAGAAGCCGGCAGACCGCUAUCAGAUCGGUGACUUGAGACUAUAAGAAAGACUGGAAUAAACCGAAAUUUGAUAUACACUUAAUAUAACUGAUUAGUUUCCAUAGUAUAUCAAAGCAUCCAGGCAGAGUAGUGACGGAUGGCUUAUAGACUGCCAAGUCACUAUUGAAGGUACUGAGGCAGACAGGCACUAACGUCAGGUUGUUUGAUUAACUGUUCGCUAAACGAGGGAAGAGCUACCUAAAACCCUAGUUAUUAUUUGCAUUUCCUACUUGUAAUAGAGUGCAAWCAGUGAAAUAGUACUUACUAAUUUGUACAAAAUACACCAAUAAAACCAAUUUUAAACGAACAAAAGAAAUAGAUGUGUUUAGU